AAAAAAAUUAACUAUAAUACUUUGUUAGUUAGUAGCACAAAACGUUAACAAGUUCGUGCAGUUUGUAUUAUUAGUUGUUGCUGCAACAGCUUGGGAUUACCAUUUCGAUUUGGCUACAAAGCCGUGCUAGUGUAUUAGUGUGAGUUUGUGAGUAGUGUGCGUGUGUAUUGCUAUUGUGCCUGUGAAAAAUCGAAGUUAUUGCAUUACGUUGCGCCAGCUGCCCAGCUGCUUGCCUGCCCUAUGUUAAUGCUAGUCGCACGUUCGACGAGCUAAAUCAUUGAUUAAGUCGAUAACAGCAACUGACAGACAACACUUAGAGGGGCAGCAUGGCCGAGGAUACCGAAUACAAAAAACUGCCGAUCGAGGAGCGAUGCGUUCACAAGCUGUGGAAAGCACGCGUCGAUGGCUACGAGGAGGCAGCGAAAGUCUUUCGCGAACUGGAUGAUGAACGCUCACCAGAAUGGUCCAAGUAUGCGGGACUAAUCAAGAAAAUGGUCAUCGACUCGAAUGCGCUUGCGCAGGAGAAGGGUCUGGAGGCGGCGCUCAUAUUUGUGGAGAACAGCGGCCUGGCUGGACGGACAGUGGGUGAUGUUAUGUCAGGCAUCGUUCAGAAAUGCAUCGCCGCACCUAAGACUAAGACGAGGGAGCUUUCCGUGCAGGUCACGCUCAUGUAUGUUGAGAUUGAGAAGCAAGAGGCCGUCGUGGAGGAGCUCGUAAAAGGCAUGGAGCACAAGAAUCCCAAAAUUAUGUCCGCCUGCGUAGCGGCAACCACCCAAGCAAUGCGUGAAUUUGGAUCCAAGGUUAUCGGCGUUAAGGUUUUAAUAAAGAAAUUGGCUAUACUCUUAUCUGACCGUGACAAAGGGGUGCGUGAUGAAACCAAACAGUUGGCCGUUGAAAUCUAUCGCUGGAUUGGCGCCGCCAUGAAGUCGCAUAUUUCGUCAUUACCGCAGGUAACCAUCAAGGAACUGGAGGAAGAGUUUGACAAACUAAAAGGCGAACGCGCCGAGCCAACCAGAUACCUAAAGUCUCAACAGGAAAAGCAGGCUAAAAUUGCAGAUCAGGCCGCCACAGAAGAUGCAUACAAUGACGACGAUGCAGAGGCUGGCGCUGAGGAAGUUGAUCCUAUGGAUCUAAUCGAUCCCGUUGAUAUACUCUCCAAGAUGCCUAAAGAUUUUUAUGAUAAACUCGAUGAGAAGAAAUGGACGCUGCGCAAAGAGUCGCUGGAGGCACUGGAGAAGUUACUCACAGAUCAUCCCAAGCUUGAGGCCGGUGAAUAUGGCACUCUGGUCAAUGCGCUCAAGAAGGUCGUCACCAAGGACUCGAAUGUAGUGCUCGUAGCCAUGGCUGGCAAAUGCCUGGCGAUGCUGGCUAAGGGUCUCUCCAAGCGCUUCUCAAGCUAUGCCUCGGCCUGCGUGCCGGCGUUACUGGAGAAGUUCAAGGAGAAGAAGCCCAAUGUGGUGAAUGCUUUGCGGGAGGCCAUGGAUGCGAUUUAUGCGUCCACAUCGCUAGAGGCACAACAAGAACAUAUUGUCGAAGCGUUGGCCAACAAAAAUCCCAGUGUGAAAUCAGAGACGGCCUUGUUCCUGGCCCGUGCCCUCAGUCGCACACAGCCGACAGCAUUAAACAAGAAACUCAUCAAGCUGCUGACCACCACGCUGCUGAAGACACUCAACGAAUCCGAUCCCACGGUGCGCGACAGCAGCGCCGAGGCGUUGGGCACACUUAUGAAACUCGUAAGCGAGAAGGCGCUGGGACCGCUGCUCACAGAUGUGGAUCCGCUAAAGAUGGGAAAAAUCAAGGAGUGUCACGACAAGGCCGAAAUCAAGAUCAAAGUAGCCGCAAUCAAAAAGGAGGCGCGUCCGGCUACAGCGCCGUCGACAAAAGCAGCAGCUGCAGCCAAGUCUAGUGGUGGUAGCGUCGAACCCAAAGCAAUCACGCGUCCGGCCACGACAGGUGCCCGCAAGGUGAUUAAAAAACCAGCGGCAGCAGCAAGUGCAGCACCCGCUGCAUUAUCCAAGGCAGUCAGUGGCAAAGCGUUGGCUUCCGAGCGCGAACUGACACCCGAGGAGGUGCAGGAUAAAGCGGAUGAGCUGCUGCCCGCCGAUAUAUUGAACGGUUUGGCGGACAGCAAUUGGAAGAAUCGUUUGGCCGCUGUGGAGCAGCUGCUAACGCAAAUUCCCAGCUACGAUGGUAAGCAGCCGGGCAUAUCUCAAGUUCUGGUGCGCACUGUUAGCGGACGCAAGCCUGGCCUCAAGGAGACGAACUUUCAAGUACUCAAGCUCAAGCUGGACGUGAUUCGAAGCGUGGCCGAAAGUUUUCCGCUUACAGCCGUCACCGUGGAUCAUGUGGUCAAUGAGAUAACUGAGAAGCUGGCUGAUGCCAAGAAUGCUGGAACGGCCGCCGAUGUGCUUACCGCUUUGGCAGAGGCCACCAAAUUGGAGCUUGUCGUUGGCAAAGUGCUGGGCUUUGCCCUUGAGCAAAAAUCGCCCAAGGUGCAGUCCGAGGCAUUUAACUGGAUAAACAAGGCCAUCAUUGAGUUUGGCUUCAAGCUGCAGCCCAAAAUGCUAAUCGAUGAUGUGCGCAAGGGUGUCCAGAGCACAAAUCCGACAGUACGCGGCGCUGCUAUCCAACUUGUGGGAACCAUGACCAUGUACAUGGGCAAUGCUCUAAUGAUAUUCUUCGAUGGCGAGAAACCAGCACUCAAAUCACAAAUUCAAACCGAAUUCAACAAGAAUCUGGGUGAGAAACCGCCCAGGCCAAUCCGUGGCGUGCAGUGCAGUAGCGCCGGCGCCGAGGAUGAUGACAGUGAAGAUGGUGCUGCUCGGGGAUCGCCUGAGCCCAUCAACUUGACCGAUCUCUUGCCACGUGCUGAUAUCUCGGGACAAAUUACAGAAUCGCUGCUGAAGGAAAUGUCUGACAAGGACUGGAAGACACGCAAUGAGGGACUCACCAGGCUGCAGGCCAUCAUCACCGAGGCCAAGCUGAUCAAACCUAGCAUUGGUGACCUGGCGCCAGCAUUGGCACAUCGUCUUCUUGACUCCAAUGCGAAAAUUGCGCAGACGGCCCUCUCCAUUUGCGAGCAGCUGUCGACUGCAAUGGGCGCUGGCUGUCGCAGUCAUGUGCGUGUCCUCUUCCCGGGCUUUCUCCAUGCGCUGGGCGACAACAAGAGUUUUGUGCGUGCCGCUGCACUCAACUGCAUCAAUAGCUUUGGCGAACAGGGUGGCUAUAAGGAGUUCUUUGAGAGCGAAAUGAUUGCCGAUGCUCUCAAAGCGGGCUCGCCGGCUCUCAAGGUUGAGUUGUGGGCGUGGCUGGCUGAAAAGUUGCCGCCUUUGCCACCAAAGACGAUACCCAAGGAGGAGCUGACCACAAUUGUGCCGCAUCUGUAUGCGCAUAUCUGUGAUCGAAAUGCGGAUGUGCGCAAGAACGCCAACGAGGCUGUGCUGGGCUUCAUGAUUCAUUUGGGUUUCGAGUCAAUGGCUCGAGCACUCGAUAAACAGAAGCCCGCCUCCAAGAAGGAUAUCAUGGCCGCACUGGAGAAGGCACGGCCCAAUUUACCGGUCAAGCCACUGCCCAAAGGUAAACAGCAAGCACCCAUACCCGAAGAGGCCAAGAAAGUGGUGCGCAGCGGUGGCGGUGCUGCGCCUCAAAAACAGGGUGUGGCCAAGGCAGCUGGUGCUGGCGGUGACAAGGCCAACGCGCCGCCAGCUUCGCGCAAGAAGGACGAGGAUGUGGACAUGUCUCCGCUGCUGGCGGUCAACAACAUUAAAAAUCAGCGACUCAUCGAUGAGCAAAAGAUGCGUGUACUCAAGUGGACAUUUACCACGCCGCGUGAGGAGUUUACGGAUCUACUGCGCGAUCAGAUGACCACAGCUAAUGUGAACAAGGCAAUGAUGGCAAAUAUGUUUCACGAUGACUUCCGAUAUCAUUUGAAAGUCAUAGAACAGUUGAGCGAAGAUUUGCCGAAUAACAGCAAGGCGCUGAUUUGUAAUCUGGAUUUAAUACUUAAGUGGCUUACGCUGCGCUUCUACGAUACGAACCCUUCUGUGCUUAUUAAGGGUCUCGAGUAUCUAGCAUUAGUGUUCCAGAUGCUGGUCGAAAUGGAGUAUAUGAUGGCAGAGAACGAGGGCAGCAGCUUUGUGCCCCAUCUGCUACUAAAGAUUGGUGAUCCCAAGGAUGCUGUCCGAAAUGGCGUGCGCCGCGUGCUGCGACAAAUUAAUCUCUUGUAUCCCUUUACAAAAGUCUUCUCGUAUGUUAUGGAUGGCCUGAAAUCCAAGAAUGCGCGCCAGCGCACCGAGUGCCUGGACGAGUUGACGUUUCUCAUCGAGUACUACGGACUGGGCAUUUGCCAACCAUCCCAGCAGGUGGCACUCAAGGAAAUAGCUCGACAAAUCUCGGAUCGCGACAACUCUGUGCGUAAUGCGGCUCUUAACUGCAUUGUGAUGGCAUACUUCCUGGCUGGCGAAAAGAUCUAUAAGCUAAUUGGCCAGCUUAACGAGAAGGAUCUCUCCAUGCUGGACGAGCGCAUUAAGCGCGCCAAAAAGACAAGAAAACCAUCUGCACCUCCAGAGAUGCCAGCUGGAGUGAAACAGCCGACGCAGGUGGUGCAACAAAGCAGCAUUGAGAUUGAAGAUGCUGUUGGCAAUGGCUACGAUGAGUUGCCGCCACCAGAUGAGGAGGGCUGCCAGCAGCCAGAGUUAAAUGCGCGUGGCGAAUGCAACAGACUGGCGGAGCGGAAUGCCACAAGCGUUGAAAGCAAAUUAUACUCCCUGACUCGACAGGCCACAUUUGAUCAGGUGCCGUCAGCGCAGGUGCUGCAACUGCAGCAACAACUACAGCUGCAACAGCAGCAGGCGCAGCAGCAGAGAACAAGCGGUCCCUUUGGCCUAGAUCCGGAGGUGAUGGCCGAGAUCGAGAAGGACUGGGUGCGCGUCGAUCAAAUGAUCUUCAAGGAAAUGCCCACAGUGGAUAUCUCGCCCCUCUACGAGCCCAUUAAGGUUCUACCAACACGCGAUGGCUUUAUGUAUCCACAGGAGAAAUUCGAUCGACUUAUAGCGCGCUCGCGUUUCAUUCAACAAAAUCGAAACACGUCGCCACAGGCAAAUCCCAACAUGGCCACCGGCACUUCACCCUAUCGCAGUCCCAUGCGAAUGCAGAUGGAACAGCAGGCAAAUUUGGAUAACAACGUUCCCAACUUGGCAGAUGUGCUGCCUAAACAUGAUCCGCAGCUGGUGAAGAUCAUUAAGCAAGUCAGCAGCGUUGACACGCUAAAAGCCCGUGCAGCCAUCAACGAGCUAACCGAGAUUAUUGAAGCACCCGAAAAACAGGCCGUGUUGCGCGAUUACGAAGAAAUAUUUAUACAAAAUGUGCUGGCACAGCUAAAGAAUCUCUCGCAGCUGCCCUUGUCGCAGGCGCUGGUUGUCUACCAGCCAUUGCUGUCCAUUUUGUAUACAUUCUUCAAUGCUAGCAUUCUGGGCAAAACGCUGAGCGUAGCCUGCAUAAAGAAUCUCAUGUCUACGUUGCUACAUCUUCUGGCUGAUCAACGGCUCACAACCGGCGAAGAUGGCCAAUACAACAAGGUAAUUAAUGGCAUAUGCCUCAAAGUUCUGGACAAGGUCAACUUUACAAACAUAUACUGCGCCCUAAUACGUUUGUUAAGAGAGUCCUGUCCGGUGGCCAAUCUGCCCAAAUUUACAGAUUUACUUAUGAAAUGCAUUUGGCGGAACAUUAAAAUGCUACCAGAACGUUCCAAUGAGCUGAACUAUGAUGCCGUAAUCUUAGAAGUGCAUGAAUUUAUGCUGGCACUGCCCAGCACCUGGUGGCAAAAUCGACCAUCGGAUACGCCACUACGCACGAUCAAAACAAUAAUACACAACAUGGCCAAGGUGAAGGGUAAUGCCAUAUUGCAGCAUCUCAAUCAGAUACCCACACACUCGGAGCUGCACACCUAUUUGAUACGCAUCUUGAAGAAUUUCCAGAAGGACGGCACAGUGUCCGGCACGGGUGUCUCACCUCAGCGUCAGCAAUUUCCAGGCAAGGAUAUAGGCGCAAAGCGCAUAUCACAUCAAACGCACGACACAGUGUCACAAAUUUUCAAGUUAAUCUCGGACAAGGAUACUAAACAGCAAGGAUUGCAGAAGCUGUAUGACUUUAAGCAGCAAAAUCCUGACAUAGAUCUGAGCACUUUCCUGCAAGGCGCCAGCGUUACUUUCCACAAGUACAUUGAAGAGGGUCUCGCCGAAAUAGAACGCAACCAAAACGCAGGCUCGACGCAGGCGCCCGAUAAUCGCACAGCUGCUACACGUUCUUAUCUCACAGAUGUCAACCAUCAAAAUGUUCACGAUCCGGACUAUUGGAUGGACCGUUUGCAGAAGAUGAUGUCCACGCGGCACAACUCGGAGGAUGGCUCCAACAUGCUGGACAAUAGGGUGGCCGACGAGAAUCUGUGCUUGAACUCAAUGAACUCACAGAAAGUGUCUCUCAUCAGGCGUGAGAAACCCGAAUUGUCGCCCAAUCGCCUGCAGCAUAUACAGGCGAAGCUGGCGCAGAUUAAGAAGGAGAAUCACGCCCAAUAAGUAUGGACGACAGCCGUAUUACUAUUUAGUUAGCACUUUACCCGUUCUGCUAUAUAUAUAUAUUACAUAUUAUUGCUGAUAGGCAAACGAGAUAUGCUAUCCAGCUCUUAAAGCGGCCGCGUAAAACACAUAAACAAUUUAUUAUUUAACAUAUUUACGUAUGCUUAUAGACUCUCGGUAUAAUCAUAAUAAUGUUUAAAGGCAGGUUAACAACAACUACAAUAACAUUAAUAAUAACAUCAGCAUACUACAUACCAACUAUUAAACACUACUAACGAAUGUAAAAGCAAAUUAUCUACGUAUUAGCACUGAGUUUGUUUUUCAAUUGGUUGAGUUUAAGAUCUACAGUUUUAGCCUGUUUCAUUCGUCGUCGUUUGUUAAGUUAGUUCCUUGCUUCUAUUUGCGAUUAUCUAAAGUGCUUUCUAUUACAAUUGAGUUGAAAUUUAAAGUUGAAGCAAUAACAUGUUAAAUAUUUGUGUAUUAAUAAAAAAUGAAUUGUGUUUUCCCUCAAAUUCUUGUAUAAACCUUGUUAUGUGGCUGUACCCAACCGAUAUUGUUUUUAAGCCAGGCCAAGCAAAUGGUCAACAUGCUCAGUGCGUGUUAAAGAACUAUUAUUAAUACAAACAUACUCUACACACUACAAUCUCCACGAAACUUGAUAACUAACAAUUUACUAUAAAGCAUUCACGUUUUGAUUUAACAACUCUUUAGUUUAAGCCUCAUUCAGUUUAACAAACAUACACAUACACAUGCACACACACAUUCACAUUCACAUUCAUAAACGCGUAUUUUUUGUAACAUCCCCAUUAUUUAUGCAACAAAUAAAUGUUAUAUUUAUAAAUCAUCUAA